AAAACAAACAAUUGCGGAGUUUUUGAUCCGAGGCGGCCGAGGAAAAGCUGAAGUGAAGUAACCGCUGGGCUGGGCGUGCAGGGAGUCCUUUUUGGAUGAUUAUUGAAAAGAAUGCCGUUUCUUCAUGGCUUCCGUAGAAUCAUCUUCGAAUAUCAGCCUUUAGUAGACGCUAUCUUGGGGUCUCUGGGAUUACAAGAUCCCGAACAUCAGGAGUUGCCAGAGAGCUCCAGGUCUGCGGCUGAAGACCAGAGCAAAUUUCUGGUUCUCCAGAAGCUGUUGGAAAGCGAGUCCCAGUCGGCUUUUUACCAAGAAGGCGUGAGCUACACCUUGUUGAAGGUCUCUGAGCUUGGGCUGGUCCAGGCGGCUGAAGUCCUUUUGCACAAUGGGGCAGAUAUCACCUUUGAAGAUCCGGUCACUUACUACACAGCCUUGCACAUCGCGGUGCUGCGGAACCAGCCUGACAUGGUGGAGCUGCUGGUGCAACGCGGCGCAGACAUCAACCGCCGAGACCGGAUUCAUGAAAGUAGUCCUCUGGAUCUAGCCAGUGAAGAGCUGGAACGCUUACCUUGUCUGCGGCGUCUCCUAGAACUCGGGGCCGAUAUCAACGCUGCUGACAAACAUGGAAAGACAGCUUUGCUGCACGCGCUGGCCAGCAGCGACGGGGUCCAAAUCCACAACAUAGAAAACAUCCGGCUUUUGUUGGAAGGAGGCGCAGACGUCAAGGCCGCCACCAAAGAUGGGGACACGGUGUUCACCUUCAUCAUCUUCCUGCUGGGCGAGACGGUGGGCAGCGACGCCGAAGAGGCCAAGCUGAUCAACCGCUUCUGCUUCCAGGCCACACGGCUGCUGAUGGCCCACGGGGCCGACCCCAGCGAGUGCCCGCCUUACGAGUCCCUCACCCACCUCUGCCUCAAGAGCUUCCGGCUGCAUUUCCCGCUGCUGCGCUUCCUGCUGGAGUCGGGGGCCUCGCCCAACUGCUCCCUCCACGGACCCGCCUGCUGGUCCGGCUUCGACACCAUCUUUGAGCGCCUCUCUUCCCACCUCAGCGAGUCGGAGGACGACAGCUUCUCCUUAGACUUGCUGCAGAAAGCCGAGACUGCCCUGGAGCUGAUGAUGGCCAGCGGCCCGGUGGUCAAGCUGCCCAGCAACUUCCAGAUCGAUCUGAGCCACUGCCGGUACCACCAAGAGAAGAUUCAGGCGCUUUUUGGGAAGCUGAAACAGCUGGAGAACAGCCCGCCUACCUUGAAGCACCUCUGCCGAGUCUACCUGCGGCAGUAUCUCCAACCUUGGCCCGUGGAUGUCAAGGUGAAGGCCCUCCCUCUCCCCAACUGCUUGAAGAGGUACCUCCUUAUAGAUCCGAGCGCCUCUCUGGAGCAGGUGUGACCUCCCCAGAUGAGAAUGGACCUCCGACGUUUGCCAUCCCGGAUCUCGCCAUGCUGCGCAGCCAGUGCAUGAACUGCCAGAUCUCCGUUCAGUGUCCAACAGCCGGUUACGUGGUGUCUGUGGCAGCCCGCUUGAGUGGUGGCUACAUGGGAAUGGAUUGGACUGGGGGGAGGUGGAAUCUGCAAUGGAAUCGCAUCCUGAUGGCAGCUAAGCUGGUGGAAAAGCCCUUUGUGGAGUUGUGUGCCAGCCGAGGAAGGAUUUGCCCCUCUGUGCCAAAGGAUUGUGAGGUUGUGUAGGCUUAUGCUGGAGCUGUAUUGAACAUCCAGGGUUGGGACAGGAAUGCCGACAGCUGAUUAAAAGGAUGCCUC